CGAAAAUGGCGACCCUGCGGCAUUUGCGGGGAGCUUGGAGAACGGCUCUUCCCGACGUCUCGUGGCGGGGCAUGGCGACUGUCAUUCCCAAGGUCACCCAAGUGGAUAAUUCCUCCGAUUUCUUGGGCAACGUUCCUCACCGCAAGCACCCCGGGAUUGUCCACCUCAAAGCGGUUACGCUUCCACCUGAGUUAAUAGAGUCUGCUCGCUUUCUGGUGGCCGACUCAUCCAUGCGCAAUGUAAAAGAACAGGUCAAGGCCCUCACCAAUUACUUGUGGAGCCGCAAGCGUCCCAUCGAGGAAACAGAGUUGCUCAGGAAGGCCCAAUACUUGGAGCAAAAGCUGCGAGGGGAGGUGGGCCCUCCAAAAGAUCUCUUGAGUGAACUGGAUCAGGCAAAAGAGAAAAAAAUGGCAAAAGAAGUCCUCACCACUCUCCGUAAGACGACUUACCACUGGGUGGCGCUUAAUUACACCGAACAGCUCAGCUUUUUGUAUAUGGCAGCCCGGAUGGAUGGGAUGUAUGCAGCUGUGUCCCGAGCUUUCCACGAGAUCGAGAAACGAGUUCCCGACUUCCAGCCUUCCACGCUGCUGGAUUUUGGCUCUGGGACUGGCACUGUCAGAACCUCCCAGGACGAGAGCCUGCUUUUCCCUGGCGUCUAUUUCCGGCAGUUCCUCCCCGUCUCGCCCAAGGUGAAGUUCGACCUUGUGGUAUCGGCUUUCUCUCUCAACGAACUCCCAAGCUAUUCUCAGAGAGAGAAGACAAUACAGACUCUCUGGAGAAAGACCGAUGGUUUCCUGGUUCUGGUAGAACAUGGAACCAAGGAAGGCCAUCAGAUGCUCAUGGAGGCUCGGGAUGUCCUAUUAAAGGGCACAGAUAAAGUCGUUCAUGACCCCCGAGAACCUCACGUUUUUGCCCCAUGUCCGCACCAUUUGCCCUGCCCCCGCCUAUCACCUGACCGACCUCUGCCGUGUAACUUCAUCCAAGCCUAUCACCCCCUGCCUUUCAGUUGGAACCCACAGCUGAAGGAGGAGAUAUUCUCUUUCUUGAUCCUGCGGAGAGGGGCAGGAGAAGCCAAUGAGCCGUGGCCUCGGAUUACCCAGCCCGUCCUCUGCCGAUCCCGCCACGUCCACGUCCACCUGUGCUGCCCGGAUGGCACCCUCCAGCACGCGUGCAUCACCCCUCGCAAACACAGCAGGGACCUUUACCGAUGCGCAAGGACCAGUCAUUGCGGAGACCGCCUGCCGGUUCUGAACCUUGAUUGCGAACCAGCUUUGGAAGAGCAGGCGGACCUUGGGAACAAAGAGGAGAGCUGAUGGAGCUCUGUGCAGCCUGCCUCCUUCAAGAACGGGGCUCAGCUUCUUGGGCGACAUCUGUGUCGUGUUAGCACAAGCCAGCCGGCACGCCAGCUUCAGCUAGCUGGACGGACCGUGUGGAGCCCGUCGGUCCGAUUGAAAAAUGCCUGGUUUGGCCUCGCGAUGGGAUCUAGAGCGCUGGAGUUCAUUAGGCCCCAGGCCACGCUGCCUGGUUGACAAACCUCUUGCCAUGCGAUCUGUUCCUUCCAGAUGCCCUCUCUGUGUGUAUGUAUUUCUCUCCCCUUGGCAUGGUGUGGCUCUGGAUUAUCCGUUCACACAGCCCCACCUCCCAUCUCCGGACAGUGCUACAGUCCCUGAAAUGCAGAAGGGACUUGGACUAGAAGGUCUGUGUGAUACGUCUGUUGCUGGCCCGUAACGUUUCAGGUGAGGGACUGAAUGCCUGAAUCCUCAUCCCUUAUGUCUACGCAGUAUUUCUUUGUUCUGCCUUUCCUCCCCGGAGAUGAGGGCACAGUGUUCACGGUUUGCUCUUCCCCAUUGCUUUGUUGUUAAAGUACUACCAAUACAUUGAGUUCCU